CUUUCAACAUGUUUUCUACCAGCCGAAAUUAUGAAGGAUAUGGGACGUGGUUCAUGUAUGUAACUGCCGUAUAUGGCGAAAAGGUAAUGAUUGUCUAAAUUAUAUUAUUAUUAAAACUGGUUUAGUUUUGUGUAAAUUUUUUUUUUUUAAUGUAAUUUAAAUUUUGUUUCUAGGACAUACGUCGUGGAGUUCAGCUCUAGCGAGAGCUAAUGGGGCCGCUCACUCCUGGGAGAGCCCUAUAUGUUAUUGGAGAUCUGGUUUUCUUAUUUGGACCUGUUGCUCUGGGGGUCGCUUAUGCCGCGACAUACUUCUUCUUGUUGGAGUUGCAGGGCCCUACGGCUACGGGGCGGUUUGAAGAGUUCGUUACUCCCAACAUUACCGAUAUAGAGAGGUUGAGGGCGGCAAUGAUCGAGUUUGAAUACAACCGUUUCCGAUUCAGAAGGGAUCAGAUUUUUGCUGAGCGACGUUUCUUUGGAGGACUGCGUCUGCCAAUCGUUCAAUUGGAGGAGCGGACAAGUCCAAAUCAACCUUCAUCAUCUUGCCCCACGAUUAUUGCCAGUGAAAAGUCAGUAUUGUUGUCGGAGCAAUCAUUAAGUUUAGCUACUAAUUUUGGUUCGGAUUUAUCGUAUGAACCUCCAAUGCCGGUUGUAAAAACACCAAAAAUUAAUGUUUUAACUGCAGAGCUCAUUGCUGUACUUGACAGAACUAAUGUCAGUAGUAGAAAUGCAAUGUUUAUUAUAACUGCUGUUCUGUCAAGUGUUGGCAUCAAAGUGGAAGAGACAACUCUUAGUUACAGAACAAUUCAACGAGCUCGCAUGAUAGUACGGAAAGAGAUUGCUGUAGGAUUGAAAAAUGAUUUUAAAUCACACGAUAAGUACGUCAUACACUGGGAUGGAAAAUUACUGCAGGAUAUUGUUGGAUCAAAAAGCGUAGAUCGGCUGUCAGUUCUCCUUACGGCAUUUGGCGUUGAACAAUUACUAGGAGUCCCAAAAAUGGACUCUGGAUCAGCACAGAAUCAAACAACAGCUAUUUUGAGGACUUUGGAUGAAUGGGGUCUUAGUCGCUAUGUAAAGGCUACGUGUUUUGACACAACUGCUGUGAACACAGGAAUUCAUAACGGAACAUGUGUAGAAAUUGAAAAAGCUCUAGGAAGAGAGUUAAUUUACUUGCCAUGUCGCCAUCAUAUUUCCAUCACAUCGAUUUGAGUGCUAUCAAUAAAAUCAACAACUUACCGAACUUUUUACCAACUAAAAAGUUUGAAGAACUGCAACUGAACAAGAUUUAUCAAAUCACGGAAAUUAAGAAAGUCAACACAAAAUAUGGACCAAAAAUUUUGGGAAUUGUGGAAAACGAGUUUUCAAUCUUCUUCCCGAAUCGAAUCAACCGGAUGCUCAUCGAUGAUGAAGAGCAGUUAACAUCACUGAUCGAUUUGGCCUCAGCAGGAGAACUUCACUUGAAUUAUUUCGGAACAGCUUAUCACAAGUUUGAAUUUCUUAUCAAACCUUCAUAAUCAAGAAUAAAUUAUAAAUUACUUCAAUUAAAUUUAUG